AUGGAGCAGGGCAAAGACGCAUACUGCAAUAUAGCCAACCGCCUUGACUAUCUCCUGAUCAAAUACAAUUCAAAUGGUGACCUCGUUACCACACCAGGCUACAGUGCAAUUGGUCGUUUCGGGUCUACCACCAAUCUCGACCCUUCGGAUUCGAUCGGGUGUGGCAACGCUGUGGCCAACAUUGCCCACGAGCUUGGGCAUGCAUGGGGAUUACUUCACGAACAUCAACGAACCGGGCUGUGGACAAGUGAGUAUGGCGGUAACGGUGCAACAAACAUGUUUACAUUUCUGUGCGAGAACAUGGCCGAUUAUGAAGAGAUCGAAGCACAACGACAAGCGGAGGGUAAAUCUAUGAAUCUCCCAUGUCGCUAUGAGAAUAUCGCACUUGCUGCGGGGUUUUCCGCGUAUAAUCUACUUCCCGAUCGAUCUGGUCACGACAUGGGCCCUGCUAGCGAGGUUGAUUGGGACUCAAUUAUGAUUUAUGGCUCUAUUGCGGGCUCAAAGACGGUGAAUGGACAACGAUUGAAUACCCUGGUGAAAGCUAGUGAUGGCUCGACAUUCGGCUACAAUCAGGUUCCAAGUGAAGGAGAUAUCCAAGCGAUGUACUGGCUCUAUGACCGAGUGUUGACCAAGCCCUUGAAAAGUACACCUGUGCCAUUUUGGAAAAGUGCGAGCAAGUGGAAAGGGAUAUUCAAUCACAAGAACCAAAACGAUAAUUGUUCAUAG